AUCAUGAUGUAUAAAGUAUUUUGCAUGGUCUGUUAUCAACAUUUGCUUUAUGCCAUGUUUUGAUUCAGAUGUAGAUACUUGAAUCAAACACACAGCCUCACUUUGAUCAAUUGACAUUAUUGCUUUCCUGGAUUUCGACUGUCGACUUUGACUUUGAGGAUGAGGAGUGGACAGAGGAUGAGGAGGAAUACACUGACAACGUAGUGAAAGACCCUGACUUUACAAUCAGGACUACAUCCACCCUUUUGGGUAGGGAUGUGGAAAAUGGAGUCAUCACACCUGGGGAGGAGGUGUUUGAUCAUGACAUGCAGGGAGGAGAGGAGGAUGAUGAUGACAACAUCGAGUUUCCGGAUGAGGUCAAGGUCAACCACUCUAGAGACAUCAAGGUUGAGCAGUGUUUCAUCGUUUACAAAAAAACCCUGCUGUAACUCGUCACCUUCCUGCUGAACUUCCAGAAGAGAUGAAGUGCAGAGAGCCAGAAUGCACAAGUACCGUACGCCUUGGCCCUGACCCAGUGACCAAAUCUGUUGGCAGCGGAAUGGUCCUUAAAUGGUACUGCAGUGAUGGACACCUUCUCUGGAGGUGGUGUAGUCAGCCCACAUUCAAAUAUGGUUUGCAGGGGGGUGAUUUCAUGCUGUCUUCCAGUUUAUUGUUGUCAGGCAACAAUUACAGCAAGAUAAGCCUAAUGUUCAAGUUCAUGAACUUAGGUUGUGUGUGCGACUCAACUUUUCGCAAGAUCCAGUUGCAGUACUGUGUGCCGGUAAUCAACAGAUUCUGGAAAAGACAACUGAAUGCCCUCAUUCCCGAGAUGAAGAGGAGGAACAGUGUCGUUCUGCUUGGAGACGGAAGGAUGGAUUCCCCUGGCCAUUCUGCACAAUACUGCACUUACACUGUCAUGGAUGAAAAGACAAGAGCCAUCGUCGCCCUCGAAGUUGUUGAUAAGAGGGAAACAGAAAGAAAGUCUGCAAUAAUGGAGAAGAAGGGCUUCGAAAAAGCGAUGGACUCUCUGCUUGAAGCAGAUGUGCCGGUCAAAGAGGUGUGCACUGACGCACACCCACAGAUUGGUGCACUGAUGAACGCUGACAAGGGGAAGUAUGGCAUGAAGGACAUCUUCCAUUCACUGGAUGUCUGGCACGGAGCAAAAAACCUGAUGAAAAAACUAUUGGCAGUAAGUAUACAUCACAAGAAUAUCAUACAUCAUUCAUAGUUUUAAUACCUAGCAGACAGACAUAGACACUUCUUCAUUAUAGCAAUCUAAGCAGCCUUUACAUGCUUAAAAUGUUGAAAGGGCAAAUACGUGAUACUCAUAGCAAGAAAGACAGCUAUCCUUAAAAUGGCUAUUCUGAUAUUAGUAAGUAACUUGGGAUACUUUUUCUUUUGUUGCACUAGGCUGGACAAGAGAAGGCAUGCACCGACUUAAAGCAGUGGACAAGGGACAUCAUCAACCACUUCUGGUGGGUGUGUAAGCGUGCGCAGUGGCGAACUUAGCCCUUUGGGGGCUCCAGGCGAACAGUAAUUUAGGGGCCCCUGCAUCUACCGGUCUAUUGUACCUUAUAUCACAUAAUGAGAUACUCCAUACAAGGGAUGAACAAAAGUCACUAUCCUUCUUUCAUGCAAAUGUUAAUUAUCUAUUUACAAAUUGAGAAUAACAUACAAAACAAUAAGAUUAGUUAUGUUGACACAUUACACUGACUGUUAACCUUAUGUCAUCAUUUACCUGAGGGUUUCCAGUAGGUCACAGCAGCUAUAUGCUGUGACCUACUGGAAACCUACUGAUAGCUGCUUCCAGCUAUCAUUAUUUUUCCUGUGCUCUUCAGACCAUUCAUGGUUGAUUAGAUGCAUUGCAAGGUUAUUCCAGUGUUUAAAUCCUUCCUCACUCAGUUGUUUUUGUUUUCCAAAAAGGCAACAAAAGCAAAAGACACGGUCUGCACUUUCAUUAGACUAACCAAGACCUGUUCACCCGCUCAUCAUUUUUCAUUACUAUGUAAUAGUAUGCUUUUGUGAAUCUGCGGCCCUUGGGCCAGAGUGCUGGGUCAUCCACUAGAAUAUGUGUGCGGGUAGGUAUCGUGAACCUACGGGCUUCAGUGGGGGUUUCAUUCCGUCUGCGCACGGCACCUUCUCAACGAGCAGGUGUGCGCCUGCAGCCAAAGGGGGCGCCAA